AUGUCUACAACUCGCCAGAAUGUGCGGGCACAGGACAUCGAAGUUGGCUGUAUACUGUUCCUUCCAAGGACAAGCUUUGCGGAGGAUUUGCAAUGUAUGUGGUCUGAUGUCAAUGGCCAUCCGUGUCAAGAACACGGAGGUUGUGUCUUGAAGAAACAGGGGCACGGUCACCCUGUAGUGAUAAUUGGAAAACAUUAUGGGCCCGAUGGGAAUAGGCCAGACAUACCUAAGCUAUCAUUCGUUCAAAUGACUCAUGGUACCUUCCACUGUGCUAAUACCUCUGGACCGUCGAUCUUCUCCCCCUACGGACAUUAUGAGCGCGCCCAGGAUACCGGGCGACUCACUUUCCCACAAAAUUGCCGCUCACGCUACUGGUUUCGGGAUAUUGAGUAUCUCCGCCGCGGUCCAGGCAAUUUUCAAAUCCCUCAUGUUUUCUUCGCCUCACCGAGAAGCCUUAAAACUAUGACCACGGGUCCUCGGGCACGAGCAUACGAUUCACGUUUGGAUGAAGGAUCUUAUUUGAGGUUGAUGCAACGACUAAAUCUUGAGCCGAAGCCAUUUGUACCUGAUGAUUACUGGGAUGGUGAAUGGCCUGCACUUCCCAACGGCGACUCAGCCGAGCAUAGACAACCAUCUUCCCACGCCGAUACCAGUAGGCCUUUAGGGGUUGAACCGGUGAAUUCGUCCAACCAGCCGCAUGGUCAUAACAUUGCAGAUCGUGGAUGUAUGAGAGAUUACUUGCAGUCGUACCUAGCAGUACCUAUCCUUGGCCCUGCCCCUCGCGGUAACGAGAUCCUUUAA